GGCACUUCCGGUGCGGCACUUCCGGCGCGGCGGGGCCGGGCGGCGGCACCGGGAGGAGGCCGCGGCCGCCGCUGAGCCCCGAGCGGCCCCGAGCGGCCCCGAGCGGCCCCGAGCGGGCCGGGCCCGCCCCCCGCGCUCGGCGCUGCAGGACCGGGAGAGGAGAGGGAAAAAUGGGAGAAGUCUGGGAGGAAUUCCGCGCGGAGAGCGAGGCCCCGCGCGCUGCCAGCAGCUCUUCUGCCGCGCGAGGGUUCUGGCGCCGGUGACGAGCGAUGGGGUAUGAUGUGGCACGCUUCCAGGGGGACGUGGACGAGGACCUGAUCUGCCCCAUCUGCAGCGGGGUCCUGGAGGAGCCGGUGCAGGCCCCGCACUGCGAGCACGCCUUCUGCAAUGCCUGCAUCACGCAGUGGUUCUCGCAGCAGCAGACGUGCCCCGUGGACCGCAGCGUGGUGACGGUGGCCCACCUGCGCCCGGUGCCGCGCAUCAUGCGGAACAUGCUCUCCAAGCUGCAGAUCACCUGCGACAACGCCGUCUUCGGCUGCACGGCCGUCGUGCGCCUCGACAACCUCAUGGCUCACCUCAACGACUGCGAGCACAACCCCAAGCGCCCCGUCACCUGCGAGCAGGGAUGCGGGUUGGAGAUGCCCAAGGACGAGCUGCCCAACCACAACUGCAUCAAGCACCUGCGCUCGGUGGUGCAGCAGCAGCAGACGAGGAUCGCCGAGCUGGAGAAAACCUCGGCCGAGCACAAGCACCAGCUGGCAGAGCAGAAGAGGGACAUCCAGCUGCUCAAGGCCUACAUGAGGGCGAUCCGCAGUGUCAACCCCAACCUGCAGAACCUGGAGGAGACCAUCGAGUACAACGAGAUCCUGGAGUGGGUGAACUCUCUGCAGCCGGCGCGGGUGACGCGCUGGGGCGGCAUGAUCUCCACGCCCGACGCCGUGCUGCAGGCCGUCAUCAAGCGCUCGCUGGUGGAGAGCGGCUGCCCGGCGUCCAUCACCAACGAGCUGAUCGAGAACGCCCACGAGCGCAACUGGCCGCAGGGGCUGGCCACGCUGGAGACGCGCCAGAUGAACCGGCGCUACUACGAGAACUACGUGGCCAAGCGCAUCCCCGGCAAGCAGGCCGUGGUGGUGAUGGCCUGCGAGAACCAGCACAUGGGCGAGGACAUGGUGCUGGAGCCGGGGCUCGUCAUGAUCUUCGCUCACGGGGUGGAGGAGAUCUGAGGAAAAUUCACCUUGGGAUGGCACGGGGUGGCCUGGACUUUUUGGGUUUGUGAUUUUCGUUCACGGAGUGGAGGAGAUCUGAGAAAAAUUCGCCUUGGGAUGGCAGGGGGUGUCCUGGACUUUUUCCCUCAUGGCAUGGAGGAGAUCUGAGAAAAAUCCACCUAGGGGCAGUAGGGGUUUCCUGGACUUUUAGGGUUUGUGAUUUUCGCUCACGGAGUGGAGGAGAUCUGAGGAAAAUUCGCCUUGGGAUGGCAGGGGGUGUCCUGGACUUUUUCCCUCAUGGCAUGGAGGAGACCUGAAAAAAAUCCACCUUGGGAUGGCAGGGGUUGCUGGACUUUUAGGGUUUGUGAUUUUCCUUCAUGGCAUGGAGGAGAUCUGAGAAAAAUCCACUUUGGGAUGGCAGGGGGUGUCCUGGACUUUUUCCCUCAUGGCAUGGAGGAGAUCUGAGAAAAAUCCACUUUGGGACAGCAGGGGUUUCCUGGACUUGGGUUUUUUGCUCAUGGUAUGGGGGAGAUCCAAAAAAAAUCCAUCUUGGGACAGCAGGGGUUUCCUGGACUUGGGUUUGUGAUUUUCGCUCACGGAGUGGAGGAGAUCUGAGAAAAAUUCAACUAGGGAUGGCAGGGGGUUCCUGGACUUUUUCCCUCAUGGCAUGGAGGAGAUGUGAAAAAAAUCCACCUUGGGAUGGCAGGGGUUUCCUGGAAUUGGGUUUUUUUGCUCAUGGAGUGGAGGAGAUCUGAGAAAAAUUCACUUUGGGACAGCAGGGCUUCCUGGACUUGGGUUUUCCUUCAUGGCAUGGAGGAGAUGUGAAAAAAAUCCACCUAGGGACAGCAGGGGUUUCCUGGACUUGGGUUUUUCGCUCAUGGUAUGGGGGAGAUCAAAAAAAAAUCCGUCUUGGGACGGCAGGGGUUUCCUGGACUUGGGUUUGUGAUUUUCGCUCACGGAGUGGAGGAGAUCUGAGAAAAAUUCAACUAGGGAUGGCAGGGGGUUCCUGGACUUUUAGGGUUUGUGAUUUUCCCCCAUGGCAUGGAGGAGAUCUGAGAAAAAUCAAUGGUUCCACCACCUCAGGAUGGUGGGGGUUUCCUGGGGUUGGAUUUUUAGGGGUUGUGAUUUUUGAUCAUGGCGUGGACAUCCCAAAAUAAUCCUCAGGACAAUGGGGGUUUCCUGGACUCGGAUUUUUGGGGUUGUGAAAAAAAUCCACCUCAGGACAAUGGGGGUUUCCUGGACUUGGAUUUUUGGGGUUGUGAAAAAAAAAACACUUCAGGACAUUGGGGGUGUCCUGGACUCGGAUUUUUGGGGUUCCCCCCUUGAUUGGACCCGUUAGGAACCCAGCUCAGCCGUUUCAAGGAGAGGAGGAGUGGGGGCUCCAGGCACUGCCAGACCCCUCGGGGGUCCCCCAAAUCCCAGCCUUGCUGCCCAGCAAGCUCCAUCCUCUGCAGUUUCCACCUGGCCUGGUGUCCCCAAGCCUGGGGUGAGGGGUCCUUGGCCUUGGGGACCCUCCUGUGAGGGGUCCUUGGCCUUGGGGACCCUCCUGUGCCCCCCACUUCGUGCAUGCCCCAUUCCCUGGGAUCAUCUCCCACCUCCUCCCAGUCCAUUUUUGGCUCUGCUUUCUCCACCCUUGGUGUUAUUUUUCCACACACUCGUGAUUGUGGUUCUGUAUUUUUUUUUUUUGUACUUUAAUUUUUUUUUUUUUACUUUUUCUUAUUUUUACUCCCCCUUUUUAUUUGAUUUUCCAAGUACCCUGGGCAGGCCCCUCUGGCCUGAGUCUGUGGGACUCGUUGGGAAUUUAAUUUAUUUGCAUUUAUUUUGAUUUUUUUUUUUUUUUUUUUUUACCAUUGUUUCUCCUCCGGUGUCGGUCCCGGCAGAUCCGGCGGGAGGCAGGGAUUGAAGUGAUCAAUAAACAGAAUUCUGGUUGCUUUA